AUGAAUUUCCAAGGAUUCCAAGAGAAGACUGCUAAUCGCAAAAACACCUGCGAUCCCCUAAUGGGGCCUAUGACAGGGAAUGGGUUAAUGUUAGAAGAAGACGAAGAAAUUCAUGUGAGAAGUAGGAAAUGGGUUCAUAACGCAUGGAGGAAAAGAGAAGAAGAAGGAGAGUUCGCUACCCUAUAUAAACACCUGAUAGAUGAUGAAUCAAAGUUUUUUGAGUAUUUUAGGAUGUCAAAACAUUGUUUCGACAUACUUUUAUCUAAACUUACUGAAAAGUUAAAAAAACAAGAUACUCAUUGGAGAAAAGCUAUACCACCAAGGGAACGUCUAGCAGUAUGUUUGAGAUUUUUGGCAACAGGGGACUCAUUUAAAACAAUAUCAUUCAGUUUCCGUUUAGGGCACACCACAGUACAUGAAAUUGUUAAUGAAACCUGCAAAACAAUAGUGGAGACUUUGAUGGAAGAAAUGUUACCAAGACCAACACAGGAGAUGUGGCUAUCCAUUGCUAAUGAAUUUUAUACUAACUGGAAUUUUCCUAAUUGUUUGGGAGCAUUAGAUGGAAAACACGUUACUAUACAGGCUCCUGCCAAUAGCGGGUCCAUGUUCUUUAACUACAAGAAAACCUUUUCAAUCGUCUUGUUAGCACUUGUAGAUGCUCGUUACAAUUUUAUUGCUGUCAGUGUGGGUUCAUAUGGUAAGAACAGUGAUGGUGGCAUAUUUGCAAAAAGCAAUUUAGGCAAGGGAUUAGAACGAGGUACUUUAUCUGUACCACCAGAUUCACCAUUACCAGGCACAGAUACACCAACUCACUAUGUAAUUCUCGCAGAUGAGGCAUUCCCAUUAAAACCCUAUUUGAUGCGACCCUAUCCAGGACGAAAUUUGGAUGUAUCUAAAAAGAUAUUUAAUUAUCGUUUAUCACGAGGCAGAAGAGUCGUUGAGAAUGCCUUUGGGUUACUGGCUCAAAAAUUUCGGAUAUAUUUUAGACCAAUUCAAGCUAAGCCAGAAAACGUAGACUAUUUGAUACUAUCAACACUAAUCCUACAUAAUUUUAUAAAGAAACAUGUCAAUGAUACAUAUUCUCAUGGAACAAGAAAUGUACAAGUGGCAAAUCUAAGUGGAGAUAUAUUUCGCCAUCUCCCUUUACAAGGUGCAAGAAGUGCCACAAACGAAGCUUUCAAGACCAGAGAAUUAUUUAAAAACUACUUAAACGCUGAAUCUGGAUGGCUAGAUGGUCAAGAGACGAGAAUAUAA